UUUAGAAAGUAAUCUUAUCAUUUAUCAAACAACAAAAUUUGGAGCCGUUUUCUUAUCUAGUCUUACAUGUGGCUUCAAGCGGUAGCGCGAAUCAAAAUCAUGAAAUCUAAAUAAUCAUAAAUUAAAACAUAUUUAAAAAUGUAUAUAAAGAACACGGUGACUAAAGUGUUCGUAUCAUGUUGCUCUAGUGCCUUUUUGAUGGAAAUUUUGAUGACGAAAUCACCGGAAUGUGCAACUUUAAUAACGUUUUUACAGGCUUUCUUCAUAUCUUUACAAGGUUUUGUAUUCACCACGAAAUUCGGCACGGUGAAACCCUCAAUACCUAUUAAGCAAUACAUCAUUCUGGUGGUGUUAUUUUUUAUUACCAAUGUAGCUAAUAACUAUGUGUACUCAUUGCAUGUACCAUCUACCCUGCACAUGAUCAUCAGAUCAGCAUCUUCACCCAUCAGCAUGUUAGUAUCAUGGUACAUGUUGAAUCGCACCCCAAAGCCGACUAGAGCUGUGGGCUCUGUCCUCAUUAGUGCGGGAGUGGCGCUGGCGUUGUAUGGCGGCGCCACUAUAGAACAGGAGCGAGGCACUUUCGUGUAUUGGUGCAUCGGUGUGGUGAUAUUGCUGGCUACGCUGGUGACAGGGGCGUUUACUGGCCUUCAGCAGGAAAUGCUGUAUGCCAAGCAUGGAAAGCAUCCUGAGGAGAUGCUGUUCUACACGCACGCAUUACCCCUCGUCAUAUUUCUAUUCAUCACCCCACACCUAUACCAUACAGCAUUAACCCUGGACCUGGAAACCUGGUUUAUCAUAACCCUAAAUAUAAUAUCUCAAUUUUUCUGCACUCACUCCGUCCACCAGCUAGCCACAAAGGAGUCUUCGGUCACAGUGACUUUUAUAUUAACUUUAAGAAAAUUUGUCUCACUGAUAUUGUCUUCCAUAGUAUUUAAAAAUAACGUGACGAUUUUACACGUUGCGGGUACAGUGUUGGUUGCUGUCGGUACGUAUGUGUAUUUCGACUUUUUUGUGUGGAAGCAGAGGCCUGUUAAAUAUAAGGAAUAGUUUAGAUCAGGGGUUCCCUAUAUUUUUUAGUCCGCGCCCUGACGUCUAUCCGAGGCCACGAGCCUGAGGCUAUCCGAAACAUAUAAGUAACAGGAUUGCCUCACGACGCGUCUCUUUACAGACCUCGGCGCUGAGGCUCAGUUUGGGAACCCCUGAUUUAGAUAAUAAACUGAAAUAAAUGUCACAUAGAAUCUAUGCGGAAAAAGAAGAGUCGUAGAAUGUAUUGGAUCCCAUACAUUCCAGGAUUUUCUUUUACCGCAUAGACUCUUAGUGACCAAGAAAAACUGCUAGAGACCGGAAUCGAACCGGCGUCUUAACAACGAGAUUCUCAGAUGUUAUAAUUGUUGCGCCUUUGUAAAAUUUAUAUUAUUUAUUAUAAAGUAUUUCUAUUUAUGUAAAACCUACUUUAAACACAGAUCUUUACUUAAAUACUAUACAGGGAUUUAAAGAUAAAAUUAAGAGUAUUUUUAGUAUUAUAAGUAUUUUUUUAUAUGAUGAUUUUCUAUAUAAUAUUAUAUAUUUUUAACAAGUUUUUUAUUGCCUGGUUUCAGACCCCUGGGAUUACAGGGAUGAAGUAUUACCUUGAUAUUGUUGUGAAAAAGUUUUUAAUAUUGUAUUUAUAUUAAUUCGUUUGUUACUCAAUUACGAUGUUGGUUAAUGAGAAUAAGUUGUAAUAUUAGAGAUAAGAUAUAUUCAAGCUAAGCUAAGCUAAGCCAAGUAGCGGCAUCUCAAAUAAAAAUUAAAUGCAAACAUAUACCUUACAUUCUUUAUCGGAAAAUUCAAUUUUCAAAGUCAUUUGUUUUUGAGAUGCCGCUAUUCGGCUUAGGAGGGCAGUAUUGUACGCUCGAAAUGGGCAAAAUUGUUGAUACCUUUAUAUUUAUUUUACCCAUUUUUUGUCUAUAAAAUAAUAUCUUAAGAGCUGUUUCUAUUACCAUUGUCCACAUUGAUAUUUGACAAUUCGACAUUUGUUAACCUUAAUGAUAAAUAUAUGUAUGUAAAUAAACACACUGUCCUCCCUUUUCCGUCAGACGAUAAAAUUCAUUUUUCAUGUUGUGUACGCUACCAGUUCACUUCAUGGUUAUUUGUAAACAUUCAUAUUUAAUCUCUCUCUUUUAUAACAAAACCAAAGUGUCACCAACACGACAAACCCAUCGAAAUGAAUUGGUAGCAUAUACAGUCAUAUUCAGUUCAAUUGGGAAUUUUGUGAUAAUAAAUAAAACAUUCCACUAUUACGCCUUAUAUUUAUUGUGUCCUUAGCUAACCGAAUUAAAUGUAAUACCGAUUUUAUACUUAGUCUUAAGAUAUCUUUAGUAAACUGAUAUACAAUAUUAUGUGUAGAUUUACAAAUUGAUCUUCAAUUAUGUCAAGUCACGAGGCAGAGAGUAAUCGUCGCCGAUCCGUGAAAUAAAAUUUAUUGUACUACA